CAAAUAUAUUAUAUUGCGACCAAUUUAUUGACUAAUUGUAAGUUCUAAACUUGUUAUACACAUUUAUACUUUGCGUAAAUAUUAGGAGAAGUAUAAAAUCCCUUACAUGUCAUGUAUUUCCGCCAUAUGUGAUUACACUACAUUCAAAUUUGGCGCGCGCUUGGGUGUCUUCGAGGAUUGCAUUGCGCUGCCACUUUGGCAUUAGCAUUACGUCAAUCAUCAGAGUUGUUGGGAUUUGUACUGAACGUCGUCCCAAAUUUGCAUUUUGUCUAAUAUUUGUCUGUUUUUACAAACUAUUUUAGUGUUAAUAAGUGCAAUACAUACGGAAAAUAUUACACAAGGACUACGACAAUAAAACGAAUAUAGAAAAUGAAUCCAGAAUAUGAUUAUUUAUUUAAACUUCUACUUAUUGGCGAUUCAGGCGUAGGGAAGUCAUGUUUACUGCUCAGGUUUGCGGAUGAUACAUAUACGGAAAGCUACAUCAGUACCAUUGGGGUAGACUUUAAAAUCAGAACUAUCGACUUAGAUGGAAAAACUAUUAAAUUGCAAAUUUGGGACACCGCAGGUCAAGAGCGAUUCAGGACCAUCACUUCCAGCUAUUACCGAGGGGCACAUGGUAUCAUCGUAGUGUACGAUUGCACCGACCAUGAUUCCUUUACUAACGUGAAGCAGUGGCUGGAAGAGAUCGAUCGCUAUGCUUGCGAUAACGUUAACAAGCUGCUUGUAGGCAACAAGAGCGAUCUCACUACGAAAAAGGUCGUGGAUUACACUACUGCAAAGGUAUGGUUCAAUUGUUUACUAAUUCUCGGAUAG